AGUUUACGCUUAGAUUUUCAGGUACGUUCGAGUUGUGAAUCUCCAAUUAUGUCUGGCAGAGGCAAAACUGGCGGAAAAGCCCGCGCUAAGGCGAAGUCUCGCAGCUCCAGAGCUGGCUUGCAGUUCCCAGUCGGCCGUGUCCACCGGCUGCUGCGGAAGGGAAACUAUGCCGAGCGGGUCGGCGCCGGGGCCCCGGUGUAUCUGGCCGCGGUGCUGGAGUACCUGACCGCCGAGAUCCUGGAGCUGGCUGGCAACGCCGCCCGGGACAACAAGAAGACCCGCAUCAUCCCCCGGCACCUGCAGCUGGCCGUCCGCAACGACGAGGAGCUGAACAAGCUGCUGGGCGGCGUGACCAUCGCGCAGGGCGGCGUGCUGCCCAACAUCCAGGCGGUGCUGCUGCCCAAGAAGACCGGGCAGGCCGCCCCCAGCACCGGUAAAUCCGGCAAGAAGGCUUCCCAGCAGUCCCAGGAGUACUAGACUGGCCGGAGAGGAAGACGGGCGAGCGGCGUCACGGCACCACCUUACUACCGACUGACCGAUACCAUCCACCCCUUCAACACAAAGGCCCUUUUAAGGGCCGCCCAGAUGGUCGCAGAAAAGAGCUGAAUUUCAUUCUGAUGGGGGGUUUGUUGUGUGUCUCGACUGUAUUGGGGUUUAGCUCGAGUCCCGCGGAGCGCUGACUUUAAAAAGGCUGGCGCUGCCGUGGGCGGACAUCACUCGUGCUAAACAGGUUUAAAUCUAUGUCCCUUACAAAUUAAGUAGGGCGGUCCUUUAUAUUAAAAGCUGCUAUAAGUUUUUUUUUACUUAAAGGUGGUGGUUUCCCUGCACGAAGUUUAGCACUCGGUGUUGGGGGGGUUAAUGUCACUUCCGGUGAAGACUAUUCAACCACGUGUCUGCCUGGGCGCCAGAUUUGAAAAUGUGGCGAUUAAGAGGCGGCGGGGUUUAAUAUCCGCCAAUGCGGGUGGGGUGGUUGACGUAUAUUCCUUUAUUCCAUUUUGGAAAGUUAUCUAUUAACAUACAAUGUUUAAAUUGUCGCACGCGGUUUAAGUUAAAUCGCUACAUCCAUAAAUCGCAACGCCUAGGGAAACGCAACGGUCGAUUAAUUUCAUUCUUAUUAUAACUUCCAAAACCAGACAAUUCUAGCAAGUCUUCAGAAUAUUUACUCUGUAAAAAGCAGUUGGUAUUGUUUAGAUCUCAAAAUGGUCUAAUCUUAACUGUAGAUGGGUUAAAAUUACCAACAGUGAGCAUGACGUGUUGCCGCCGCUACCCCCGUCCUGGUUUUGCGGGUGAAGAGUGGAAUAGAACAGUUAAAACAAUUUACCAACAGGUGCUUCCUCUCUGUGCUCAUUUCAAAAUGAGCACAUGCUUUCCAAAGGCAGCUGCUUCAGAUGUGGGGUUUUUCAAGGCAGGUCUGCUAACGGUUGCAUUUUUUUUUUAAAACGGGCUUAUUCUUUGCAUUUGAAGUAUCAAUUCAGAAUGCCAUCUGAAAUACAGUAACACUUUCUGCCAAUACAGACAUCUUUUUGUGCAUCUGCUGUUACUACUCACCAUGAGGCCACGUGCACUACUCUAGCAACAAGCCUGUGCCCUCUGAAGUGGUUUUAAGUUGGGGGAGGUUACUGAUCAAAAAGUUCCAGCUCAAGAAGAAGGUAAAAAUGAGAAAAAUACAUCUUUCAAAAAGUU